GUGUGUGACUCGAUCUCUUCCACAGACUCCAGCAGGAUGAAUGUCCCCGGUGACGUCAGCGGAGUGUUUUGGCUGCACUAGGCGCUCCGGACACAGCGCUGCUGCUGCUGCUGCUGUAAAAAUGCUGCUCUCUGUGCCGCCAAGGACAGGAAUCAACCCAUAUAACGGCUAUACCAGCAGAACCAGUAAAAAGCAGGCGUAUGCAUCCUCCACCCAGCAGAUGGCACCACCCAGUCCCAACACCACCACCAGCAGUAAUGGAAGCAGCAUUGCUGGAGACCAGCUGAGUAAAACCAACCUGUACAUCCGUGGUCUCCAUCCAGGAACCACAGACCAGGACCUUGUCAAACUCUGUCAACCCUAUGGAAAAAUAGUGUCUACUAAGGCCAUCCUUGACAAGACCACCAACAAGUGUAAAGGCUAUGGCUUUGUGGAUUUCGACAGCCCGGCCUCUGCACAGAAAGCGGUCACAGCGCUAAAGGCCAGUGGAGUUCAGGCUCAGAUGGCAAAGCAACAGGAACAGGACCCCACCAACCUGUACAUUUCCAAUCUGCCUCUGUCUAUGGAUGAGCAAGAGUUAGAGAGCAUGCUCAAGCCCUUCAGCCAGGUCAUCUCCACACGCAUCUUACGAGAUGCAAACGGCACCAGCCGAGGAGUGGGUUUCGCCAGGAUGGAAUCGACUGAAAAAUGUGAGGCCAUCAUUCAACAUUUUAAUGGCAAAUACAUCAAGACUCCACCUGGAGUAGCAGUGCCUAUAGAACCCUUGCUGUGUAAAUUUGCGGACGGGGGACAGAAGAAACGUCAGAAUCAGGGGAAAUAUCAUCUAAAUGGGCGGCAGUGGCCAAGAGAGGGCGAAACUGGCGGGAUGACGCUAACAUAUGAUCCUACUCCUGCUUUACAAAAUGGGUUUUAUUCCCCUUCCUACAGCAUCGCUCCUAACAGAAUUAUUGCUCAGACUUCUAUCUCUCCCUACAUGCACUCACCUCUAUCCACCUACCAGGUACACAAUCCCUCCUGGAUACAUCACCAGUCUUACCUCAUGCAGCCCACAGGCACCGUCCUCACGCCUUCAGUGGACCACACCAUGACCAUCCAGCCAACUGCCAUAUUAGGCCCUCUCACACAGCAGCUCAGCCAUCUAACCCUGGGCAGCACAGGCACGUAUAUGCCUGCAAACACAGCUAUGCAAGGGACCUACAUACCACAAUAUGCCCAAGUGCCUCCUUCAAGCAUUACAGCUGAGGAAAAUAGCGUCCAACAGCAGCAAGUUGCCAUAGAGACACCCACAGACCACACAACAUACUCCUACCAGCAUGUACAUUCAUAGGAAUGAUGGAGGACUUUGGAUACGGAACCACCUCUCUUGACAUGAAAAGAAAUGGAUAUUGUGAAAAGGAACUGAGAACCAUGUCUCUUUCCAACUGAUGAAAGCAGACAUUUUUCUUGCGACUAUUUUUGUUUUCUUUUUUUCAUUGGAGAAGGCCAACCGAUAAUGAAGCUUUACCUAUUUUAGUAAGUGAAAGACUUGGGUGGAGAAAGCUAUGACCACAAGAUGUCAUAAAAGCAAAGUAAGCUUUUUUUAACACAAAGACUCACAUGCACACGAACACACACACACACACACACACACUCCAACACACUUUGAGAAAUAUUUUUCUGCGACUUUAUUUUCUAAAACAUUCUGCAAAGCCAGAAUGAAACAACUACGAUGUUCCAGCACCAUGUGUCAUGUUAAUUUGUUUUUAUGUUUUUGUAAAAUUAUUCCAAGAUUUUGUUGACUGCUUUUGAACUUUCUGCUGCAAAAAGGGGGGAUUUUGUACAUAUAUGUAUAAAAAAAAAACAGUUUUUGCAAAGAUCUUGCUGCAUUUUUCUUGAAUAUCGAUUUAAGAAAAUUCCAGAGGAACCUGCUGAAACCAGCAGCUAAGUUGUUUGAAUAGAUUUACAGAAAAAUGUGCUGUAUCGAAGAGUGUCGUAAAUGCACUCUCUGUUUCAAGCAAGUAAGACUAUAGACUGAAUUCUGAAACCAAGACCUCAUAUCCCCUCACAAAAAAAAGUCCUUUUUUUCCUUCCAAAAUGCUGCUUUAUCUUGUAAGUUAGGUUAUGCUCUGUUUAAAUGUUGAGAUUUAUUUUUGUAUUUGAAGAAACAUUUUUUAAAGAAAAUUUCAAAGAGAAGCUAUUUGGAUGAUAAACUUUUUAUGGCUUUGUUUUCAUGUCAAUGGUUCUGUCUUGCCUCUUCAUACAUAUUGGUUAUGUCUGUUCUUUUACGCAUUGUAAAGAGUGCUCCACCAACUCUGUAAUGUAGGCCUGUAAAUUAAUUUUUCUUGCCUUGGUGAGUGAGGAGUGUGUUCUUUGGGCUGUGUCCCCUGAGCUAUAAAAUCGCAA